GAAGCGAGCGGCCCGUGCGCUCGCCCCAGGCUGCGGCAGCGCCACGACGAGGAGUUCGCGUCCGUCCGCCCACCCGCCAGCCAUGGCCGCGUCGCGGACUCCGCUGCUGCCGCUGCUGCUAUUGCUCUUGCUGCCGCCGCCGCCUCCAGGGGCCCGUGCAGAGGUGUGCGUGGUGCCCCGCGGAGAGAGCCGCUUGCCCACCUCCUGUCCUGACUUCUGCUGUGGCACCUGUGACGCCCAGUACUGCUGCUCAGAUGUGCGGAAGAAACUGGUGUGGAGCCAGCACGCGUGCGGGGGGCCUCCGACCAGUGCCCCCAGUGCCCCCGCCAGCUCGGAGCCCCUGGAGCAGCUGGGCUCAGCCCUGAGGUUUCGCUCCAGCUUUGACAGCGAUGACCCCAUGUCAGGGUUUGGAGCGACUGUGGCCGUUGGCCUGACCAUCUUUGUGCUCUCCGUGGUCACCAUCAUCGUCUGCUUCACCUGUUCCUGUUGCUGCUUGUACAAGAUGUGCCGCCGGCCACGCCCGGUCGUGACCACCACCACAUCUACCACGGUGGUGCACGCCCCCUACCCUCAGCCUCCAAGCGCGCCACCCAGCUACCCUGGACCGACGUACCAGGGCUACCACUCAAUGCCCUCACAGCCAGGGAUACCAGGAGCCCCCUACCCGAUGCAGUACCCACCGCCCUACCCAGCCCAGCCCAUGGGCCCGCCUGCUUACCACGAGACACUGGCUGGAGGUGCAGCCAUGCCGUACGUUGCCAGCCAGCCACCCUACAACCCAGCCUAUACGGAUUCCCCGAAGGCAGCCCCCUGAGCUGGCCCCAGCUGCCCCGUGACUAUCCUGGUGUGAGCGGCGUGCAGGCAUGGUGCUCUGCUGCCCUGCACACGGUGCGUGUCCUGGCUACACACGGGGCUGAUGAGGUGGGGAGCAACUCUCAGCAGGGACCAAGCUUCAUUCUUUUCCUCACUUGAAAUUUUGCUCCUUAUACUCUGAAGCCACACUCUGAGAACCAGGUGGGCACUCUCCCCUGGUCCUCCCCGGGGCUCAGGUGCUUUUUGCAGGGUUGCGGCUGUGAUGCAGGCAGGUGUGUGGUGUCUGGCUCGGGGCUCUAG